UGGAACCUGGUGUGCGACUCCCGGGACCUGAAGCCCAUGGCCCAGUCCAUCUACCUCGCUGGGAUCCUGGUGGGAGCUGCCGUGUGCGGCCACACCUCGGACAGGUUCGGGCGCCGGCUGGUGCUGACGUGGAGCUACCUGCAGAUGGCCGUGUCGGGCUCGGCCGCUGCCUUCGCGCCCAGCUUCCCCCUGUACUGCCUGUUCCGGUUCCUGGCCGCCUUCUCCGUGGCUGGCAUCAUGAUGAACACAGGCACCCUCCUGAUGGAGUGGACGUCGACCAAGGCCCGGCCCCUCUUGAUGACCCUCAACUCCCUGGGCUUCAGCGUCGGCCAGGUGCUGACGGGCGCCGUGGCCUACGGCGUGCGCCGCUGGUCGCUGCUGCAGCUGGCCGUGUCCGUGCCCUUCUUCUUCUGCUUCGCGUACUCCUGGUGGCUCCCGGAGUCGGCCAGAUGGCUCCUCACCACGGGCAGGCUGGACCGUGGCCUGCGGGAGCUGCGGAGGGUGGCCGCCAUCAACGGGAAGACGGCAGCAGGGGGCGCACUGACCAUGGAGGUCUUGCUGUCAGCCACGCGGGAGGAGCUGAGCGGGGACCCAGCUCCGGCCCGGCUCAGCACGCUGCUCCGCACGCCCGGACUGCGCCUGCGGACUUGCAUCUCCAUGCUGUGCUGGUUUGCCUUCGGCUUCACCUUCUACGGGCUGGCGCUGGACCUGCAGGCUCUGGGCAGCGACGUCUUCCUGCUGCAGGUGCUCAUCGGCGUGGUGGACGUGCCGGCCAAGGCCGGCGUCCUGCUGCUGCUGAGCCGCCUGGGCCGCCGGCCCUCGCAGGCCGCCUCCCUCGUGCUGCCCGGCCUCUGCGUCCUGGCCAACACGCUGGUGCCCCAUGAGAUGGGGGCCGUGCGCUCAGUGCUGGCCGUGGCGGGGCUGGGGUCCUUGGGGGCCGCCUUCACCUGCAUCAGCAUCUAUGGUGGCGAGCUCUUUCCGACGGUGCUCAGGAUGACGGCCGUGGGCUUGGGCCAGAUGGCAGCCCGCGGAGGAGCCAUCCUGGGGCCCCUGGUGCGGCUCCUGGGCGCCCACGGCCCCUCGCUGCCCCUGCUGGUGUACGGGACCGUGCCUGUGCUGAGCGGCCUGACGGCGCUGCUGCUGCCCGAGACGCGGGGCCUGCCGCUGCCCGACACCGUGCAGGACCUGCAGGGCCGAGCGGCGGAGAAGGCCACGGCCAGCGCCGCGGGCUCGGCGGGGACCUCUGUCCUGAAAUGCACGCGGCUCUAGCCUCCCGGCGCCACGGACCGCAGCGGGAGGCUGCUCCACUGCCCUGGAAAAGCGGCCUUGGCUUCCAGGGGCCCAGGACCACCCUCGGGCGUCUCGGGCGUCCUGCUCCCCUCCCGCGACUGCCCCCUCUCGUCAUCCGCAACCCGGAAGGGGCAGUGGCCGGCUGCCGGGCAGGAGGCUGCCUGGCCCGAACUCACCCCAACCCCUGACCCCUCCUGGCUGCAGGGAGGAGAGGGGCGGGGCCCGGGGCAAGCCCCUCCCCCUCACUGCCCCACCCGCUGCCUUGCCAGCUUGGAGCUGACCUUACAGGACUACGGCUCCUCAGCCCCACCCAGGAUCCCAGUGACCUGGUCCGCCCCCUCGGGCCCCUCCCACCUUGUACGUGGCAAACUCCCCUCCCCCUUCCAGGCCCGUCCAGCCCUGACCCCUCCCACCCUCCAGCCUGGGUGUCCCGAGGGUCAGGCUCCCAGGCAGAGCUGGCUCGGGGGCUUUGCUGGGACAACUGAGUAAAGACCAAGUACCAAUGAC